GUGUUCGCUAUGGUUGUGUGUAUCUGUGUGGCUGUCAAUGUGAGCCUGACUGUGAUACGAGAGAUCCGAAGAAUAGAAAUGAAAACAAAAUCUCUCUCGAUGCAAAAAAAAAAAUUAGAAACAGAAUAAAAAAUAAACAAACAAAUCACAGCAAUAGAUUUUUGUUUAGUCGCCAAAAUAGAAACGGAUUUGUCGAAUCUGCUACGAUUGCGGUACGCGCAUCGUCGUCACAUCCAUAUUCGAUUAUUCGCGCGUAUCAGAUAAUAAUUUACAACACACCAGCGAGAGACGAAGAAAGAAAACGGGGUCGAUUGACGAAAAUGUCAGCCUAUUCAAAUGGCUAGUGGUGCAAAGUAAAUUUAUUUACCAUUUGCAUACACACGACAGACAAUAAAAGACGACCAAACCGAGAAUAUUCCGCGAUUUAACGAACUGGUUGCACGAAAAAAUUGAGACGUUCAAUAAUCGGUUCGUUGAAUUUGUGAGUGACAGACCAGCGACACGCAGCACAAACAAGCACACCGUUGAAAUAAACAAAUAUCAGCAUUGUUUUUUAUUGACUCUCGUAUUUUCUAUUGUUUUAAAUAGUGAUAUUUUCGAACGCACAAUUUUCAAACGCACAAACUCGACGACACACACGCAUCAGUUUAAACAAAAAAGUGAGAAAUGUUCCCAAAAUUGACGCAAAAGGAUUCAACGCUUCUGUGAUGGAGGGUUUCUCAAAAUUAAUUGCCGAAGUGCUUGGAACAGCGUUUCUGAUGUUUGGCGGAUGUAUGGGUUGCGUUGGUUGGAAGGGACCAGCGCCAGAUUUUGUGGGUGCAAUUAGCUUCGGUUUGGUUGUUAUGACUCUCAUUCAAUGCUACGGACAUAUUUCUGGUGCACAUUUCAAUCCAGCUGUUACUGUUGCUGCUGUUGUCUUCCGUGCUAUUUCUAUUCCGAUGGCAAUUCUAUACUUUUUUGCACAAAUAAUUGGCGCCACAAUUGGCUAUCGAUUCUUAGUCGCAAUAACACCAAUUAAGGCCCUAGCUCAAAGUGAAGGCGACCACGGUUUCUGCCAAACAGCUCCACACGAAGAUCUCAACGAAGCUCAAGCAUUCGCAUGCGAAUACAUCGCAACCACAGUGUUGAUCUCCGUGUGCUGUGCCGUGUGGGAUCCAAGAAAUAGCACCAAACAAGAUUCAAUUCCCAUUAAAUUUGGACUAGUCAUCGCCGUUUUGUCGUUCAUUUUCGGCCCAUACACUGGCUGCUCAAUGAAUCCUGUUCGUACAUUCGCUCCCGCGUUUUGGGUGCAGAAAUAUCCAAUGCAUUGGGUUUACUGGAUCGCACCGAUGUCGUCAGGGUUGAUCACAUCAUUGGGCUAUAAACUUCUGUUUAUCGAGAAGCCGGAAAUCGAUUUGGAAGCCGUGCAACCGUUGCGUCAAGAUGAUUUGCCAAAAGUCUAAACACAAAUUGAAUCUGAUCGAAUUUUUAAUCCCGCAAAAGCCACAAACAAAAUACAACGAAAAAAUGAGGGAAAUCCACUUAGACUAAUUUUACACCGAGUAACAUUUUGAUGAUGUUUAUUUUUGGUUUACGCGAUUCGUAUAACUACUCCGUCUAUGCAUAGGUUUAAGCAAUUAAUUUUUAAAAAAAAAAACAACAAAACCUACAAUUUAAUUUAUUCUAAGAUUUGCCCACAAAAUAGGUUGUAAGAUGUGAGAGAGGAAGAGCUAACAAAAAUGGAUUUGUUCAAAUUAGUGGCUUUCUUGCCUAUAAGUGACUUUUAUCAGGAAUGUGACCUCUUUCAGGGAUUUUUGUGCAUGUGAAGUGUGUUUGUUUGACCUAGUCACAAUCUUUCCCCUCACUUCCUUCACAAAAAUCAACUUUUUUUUUCAUUGAAUGGUACAAAAGCGACCUGUAUCUAACUACGCUGCCAAAAUAUGAAGAAAAAAAAAAUUGAUGAUGAAAAAAAUUAAAAAUGAUUUACAAACAAAAUGAACAGAAGAAAAACACAGCCCACGGAAACAUUGAAAUCCCAUCACACUAAAUUUAGGCUUCCAAUUGAGAAACUUUGCAAUUUUACAGAAAAAACAUUGAUAAAAACAAAUAAUCUUAUGACAAUGGCAAUCGAAAUUGUCUCUAGUUAGGCGUCGAAUAGAAAAAAUUUAGAAGUAGGCACAAAUUGCCUAUCUCCAGAGAUUAAGACAAAGACUUGUGUGUUGUAAUAGUGAAAUAUUUCGUGCAUAUCGAACUUAAGUGAUUCUAAACUGACCAUUUUUUGGAUAUAUACCGAGUGCAAUUGCUCAAAAUAGAAGUGUAUUCUUUGCAAAGCGACGCGCGCGCGUUCCUUUUUGUCAAAAUUGCACACGUUACUUGAUGUGAUGAUGGGAUUUAACUGUUUGUACGUGACAAUUGACGAACCAAAUUGGCAAUAAUUUAUUUCAAUUUACAAUUUUUGGCUCAAUUCUUUUUUGUCUCCUUUCAUUUUGUCACAUCCGCAAUCAAUUGUAAAUAAAUUAUGAAUCGAAUGUUAUCGUUACGUUUAUAAAGUCUAUAAGAUGGUAUCAAUAAAAGAAAAACGUCUUAAA